CACUUUGCUGACCGCGCUCCUUAGUUAUGUAGCAGUAUGAUAUAAUAAUAAAAAAAAAAGGCCAGGCCACUGUUUCUCAAACCAGAGCUGCGACCUGUGUACGUGCCGCGUGAAGGGAGGGAGAGAGAUGACGAGCAGCCACCGCAGGCGCGGCGCCAACUAUUCAAGCUAGCGCCGCUGCUGCUGCUGCUGCUGCUGCUGCUGCUCGGCUAGCAUCGCUGUCAGUUAGCCACUGUAAACAACCGAGCGUCACUUCCAACACGACGGCGGCGGGCAGAACGCGAAUAUACCUGAACGAGUGAGGCUGGUGAUCCCCCAACGCCAAACGGCAGCAGGCAGAUCGCUUCGAGGAUUCGGGACGCCAGGAAGUACAGAGUGUGCGCCCCUCGAUAAAUGAAACUGGACGGCAAACUUCAUUCAUUCAUUCUACUUCCCCGGGAGACUUGAGUGUUUAGCAGCCGUUGCAUGCUAGCUCGCUCUGCCAGGUGUGCGUGUGCUUGCUUGCCAUAGUUGCUGGGACGCGUGUGCACCUGCCGGCGCGUGUGCACUCCCAACUCCAGCUGCCGCCGUGUCUGCGUGCGUGCGUGCGUGCGCGUGCGUGUGUGUAUGUGCGUGAAGAGCCCGUGUGCGCCAUGUCAGUGUCAGUGAUCAUCAAGUGGGGAGGUCAGGAGUAUUCCAUCAGCUCCCUGUCUGAGGAGGACACGGUGAUGGACCUCAAACAGUCCAUCAAGUCUUUGACCGGGGUGCUGCCGGAGAGACAGAAACUACUUGGACUCAAGGUCAAAGGCAAACCUGCGGAGGAUGAGGUGAAGCUGGGCUCUCUGAAGCUAAAGCCGAACACCAAGAUCAUGAUGAUGGGCACCAGAGAGGAGAGUCUGGAAGAGGUUUUGGCCCCUCCCCCAGAGAACGACGAUGUGGUCAAUGAUUUUGACAUUGAGGAUGAGGUCAUUGAAGUGGAGAACAGAGAGGAGAACCUGGCGAAAAUUGCCCGCAGAGUGAAAGACUAUAAGGUGGAGGAGCUGAACCCUCCCAGAGAAGGCAAGAGGCUUCUGGUACUUGAUGUGGAUUACACACUGUUCGAUCACAAGUCGUGUGCGGAGACGGGUCAGGAGCUGAUGAGACCAUACCUUCACGAGUUCCUGACAUCAGCCUAUGAGGACUAUGACAUUGUCAUUUGGUCUGCCACAAGUAUGAAGUGGAUUGACGCCAAAAUGAAAGAGCUGGGAGUGACAGACAACCCCAACUACAAGCUUACGUUCAUGUUGGACAGUGCAGCCAUGAUCACAGUACACACCCCUAAGAGAGGAGUUGUUGAGGUGAAGCCCUUGGGUGUGAUAUGGGGAAAGUAUGGAGAGUUUUACAACAGAAAGAACACUAUAAUGUUCGAUGAUAUCGGACGAAACUUCCUGAUGAACCCGCAGAAUGGACUGAAGAUUCGACCCUUCAUGAAGGCUCACCUCAACAGGGAGAAAGACAAGGAGCUGUAUAAACUUGCUCAAUACCUCAAAGAAAUUGCCAAGCUUGAAGACUUCGCUGGACUCAACCACAAACACUGGGAGAGGUACCUAUCCAAGAGGCAGCAUCACUGAGGAGGGAAUACGUCCUCGACAAAGACUUGGGCUGGAUGCCGCCAUCCUCCAUCCAGUUCUCAGGCACAUACACGUCCCUCAUUUCAAAAUCGUACAUAUCCAACACUAAUCCUGAAGCCGCCAACAUUAAAAUGCUCAGGACUGAGAUGGGCUUCCCAAAAUAUAUACUGUUGCAUGUUAUCCGUCUCUCCCAGACCUUGAAAAUGUUCUUUACAGAUAUUGUUUACUACAGUAACAAAGACGUUUACUGCAUUGUGACUGUGGAGUACAGCUGUGUGGGUUAAAAACAAAACAAAAUACUCGCGACCACCGCUCACAAACUCCUUUAAAACUCCAGGUGUUUAAAGUGCACCUAAAAUGGUACUUGGUAAAAGGACAAGGCAUACGCUGCUGUGUGGAUCUAGGAAGCCAAGAUUUUACCUUGGAUUAAAGUGAAAAAUUGGAAUGACGGGAUGUGUUGAGAGCAAUGGUCAAAAAUCCUUGAGCAUCAAACACUUUAACCUAGAGAACUUGACAUGUACAAUAUACGCAAUAAUCCUCAAAGCUAACGCAGGAUUAAAAACUGUUGAGAUCGUAGCUAAAAUGUCACCAAAACAAAUGACGUUGUCGUACAUGUUUUGAUGGGAAGAAUCUGUUGUUUACUAAAUGUAUGGAGAGACCAGUAGACUCGUGUACAUUAUGAACACACAGUUGGCUGAAUGAAGUUUCAAUGUAGAGGUUAGUUUGCAUAUUUGCCCAGAAACAAUUUUGUGUUUUUUCUGCACAUGUUAUUGUCAUGUGCUGGCUCUGCUUCAUUGCUGAACGGGCUAAGUCAGAUACGUGUAAAGGUUGAGUAGUGUUUGGAAUUUUGUUUGUUUGUAUGGGUUGUUUUUCUUUUUAUGCAAAAUGUACUAGUCUUUUUUUGUUUACAGCUUUUAAUAAACUGUUUUGGUAAAUACAAAUGUUGAUGAAUAAUGAGGGGAUGAGGAAUAAUGUUGGAAAAGAAACAGACAGCACAAAACAUGCAUUGAUAUUUUUUUGGUCGCUUCUGAAACCAUCAUGUCUGCACACAGGGGAAGAGGAACAAAACAAGUUCCCUUUUAUUUCUUGAGAUCUGCCUUUUGGUGUUUUACUCAUCAAAUCCACUGGGUACCCCACAUCCUGGCUGUAAAUAUGACAAUAAACCUUUUUUGUACCUCAA